AGUUGACCAGCGUCGCAACUGGGCGAUGCGUCUCCGUCAGAGCCUCCGCAUUUGGAAGGAAAACCCCCUCAGUGUGUCCUCCAGCUCGCGAGACAGCUACUGUCUCUGAUCCUCGGUUUUUGUUUUUGACAAGGUUUUCGAUGCUCUAUUUGAAAACCGACUAAUUAUUUCUAAACAAACUUUGAACGAUUCCCCAAGGAGGGUUUGACGGUUUUUUAAUUCAAUUCUGCAGACAGUAGAGGCAGCAACUCACUGAUUUUGGGAUGUCUCAGCUAGACCAACUCGCUUGAUUUGGGUAAAAUUUGAGCUGAAGGCUUUGACAGCAUCUUCUGGUAGACUACAGAAGAGAAGGAGGCGUCAUAAAGGACCACAGGCUCUACAAAGGAAAUAAAAGGCAGCCACUAUGCUUUCGCUGGACGAGCCAUUGGACUUGAAGCUUCCCUCUGGACAAACUCGAGGCUCUGUAAUUUUGGGAAAGAGGACUAUUUCUGCCUCCUUGUAUGCCCCUCUGAACUCUUCACGACAGAGGCUGCAGUGCACAACCUUUCCAUCCCCUCCCUCAUCACCAGAUUCCCAGUCUUCUCAGGAACGACCCGGGUCCUGCUUCACUCCUCCAGCCAUGGACCUCAGCCUAUCUCCACCCUCCCUCCAUGCCCCUUCCCUCUCCCCAUCUUCAUCCUUGCCCUCUUCUCCUUGUCCUUCUUCACCCCUGGAGUCCAGCAGCAGCCCUCAACCACACCUCCUUUCUCGGGAAGCGGCUCAUCUUCGCAGCCUUGAAAGUGGAGCUUCUCAGCAGAGUUAUCCAUUUUAUCUUCCCACCCAAAGCCUCCAGCAGGGCUACAGCUUCCCUUCUUCCACCUUCAACAGUCAGCACAGAGACAAACCCCUGUCUCCUGAGCCCUCACCAGACAGUCAGCUGAUCUGCCGAUGGAAGAAGUGUCACCUGCUGUUCGACUCGCUGCAGGAUUUGGUGGAUCACAUCAACAAUUUCCACGUAAAGCCGGAAAAAGACUCAGGCUACUGCUGCCAGUGGGAGGGCUGUGCUCGAAAUGGGAGGGGCUUCAAUGCCAGGUACAAAAUGUUGAUUCACAUCCGCACGCACACAAACGAGAAGCCACACCACUGUCCCACCUGCAACAAGAGUUUUUCACGUCUGGAGAACCUGAAGAUUCACACCCGCUCACACACAGGUGAGAAACCCUACAUCUGUCCGUACGAAGGCUGUAGCAAACGCUACUCCAACUCCAGCGACCGCUUCAAGCACACCCGCACUCACUAUGUGGACAAGCCUUACUGCUGCAAGAUGGCCGGCUGUUUGAAACGCUACACAGAUCCCAGCUCACUACGUAAGCACAUCAAGGCCCAUGGGCACUUUGUAGCCCAGGAGCAAGGCACUACCAACAGGACGGGAAUGGGGCUGGGCUUCACUGGGCACAGGAGUCCUUCUGAGCUGCCCUCUGUAGGGGGGGCUCAUGUUAUCAUCCCUGGAGCUGCUGCAGCUCUACUCGGAGGCCUUAGGACCUCCUUGCCGCUCUCUGCUCUCUGCCAUUCCACAGCACUGGGUCACAACGGGGUACCCCUCUUCUCACUGGGGGGAGGAGGAGGCUGCAGCUUUGGGCCACUCAGCCUUUCAGAGUCCACUCUGUUACAUUUUGGACUCUCAGCUGCAACAGUGCUGGGGCUGGGGGCUGGGGGCGGGUUUGAACAAGUACUGAGGAAAGAGCCUGAGGAUAAGGAAGAAGAGGAGGAGGGCAAGGUUCUGAACCUGUCUGCAGGGGCGGGCGCCAGGCAACGAGAUCCUUUGCCAUUUGUGGUUGUUCCGUCAAAGUCAUUCUUCCUCAAACCUGCUGUUGUCAGUUAAAAUGUGCAGUCUGCAGUGCAUGGGACCUGAAAGAGGUGAAAAAAAAAUACCAUAAGCUUCAGAUCCAUGAAAAGCAUUCCAGUUGUUUCAGCCCCUUGACAGUGUGUUCACUUCUAUUAUGGCUUACUGUGCUAGUAAAACAAUUUUGAACACUCUUCAUGAAGUUAAAGUAGUCAACAAAUUAUGACUUUUAGCUCCAAGCUAGAGCUUAGCAGAGCCUAAAUCAUUGUGUCAAACUCCAAAAAUGACACCAAAUAUCUUCUUAAAGGUGUGGAACACUGAAAAACAAUGUUUAAAAUCUAAUUUCUUAUUUGAAUGGGUCACUCUGAGUUUUUCAUGCAGGCUGAACAUAAAAAUAGUCUCCUACACCUAUCUCCUGCAUUAGCUUCUGAUAGAAAAUAGACGGUGAUACUCUAGAAUUAGAAAAGCCUGACAGAUCUACACCACACUGUCACUUAACAUUCAUGAACUCACCCUCUUGACUCACGACGGGGGAAGGGUGUUGAUAGUUUAGUGUCCAGGAAACAGCAGAGAACAUCUCAGCUAGUAGAAGCUUACCAUUAGCAUUAGCAACUCCACCACACAGCGGAACUCCUUCAAACUUGUGUUUUUUUACGGAGAUAAAACAUCUGCGUCAAUCCAAGUCAGUGUUAGAGUCAUGUUACUGUUAUCCAAUCCGGGGAGAGGUGACCAAAUAUCAGGAAAUAAGACUACAAAUGCUGUUGUCUGAAGCUACUUUCUCCCCCAGGUGACAUUCUCAAAAGCUCUGUUGAGAUGUGGCUCACUUUUAGUUCCUGGAAAUGGUGCACUGGUGUUUUUUGCCCCCCGAGAACAACUUACAAGAAAUGUAUUCUCACUAACGACCAGUGGCGCCCCAGAAAAGUUUCAUUGGGGUGACCAUGAGGCCAGAGAAAACUUUGGGGUGGCACACCAAACUGAUCCUCUUGGUAAAUCUGGGAAAGUUUAGCCUGUAGUAAUUCAAUAAACGCUCCUUUAUUCAUUUUCAAUAAAAAACAUUAAUAUGACCUAAUAAAGAACACUGAUUGUCCCUGGGUGUGGACAGUAGGGUGGCCUUUCUAGGGGUGGCCAAGGCCACACCUGUCCAUCACUUGGGCGCCAUUGCUAGCGACCACUGCAAAUGUAUCAAUUAAAUGAGUGUUCCACACCUUUAAAAUACACAAUUUACAGAAAAUUUGUGUUUAACAUUAAAUGACUUUUUCUAAUGUCCCUUUCCUGUUGUACAAUGUGAUUUCUAACAUGUAACAAGGGAUUUGAUUUUAUUUUUACACCCAUUGUCAAGUUUAUGCACUCAGUAGGCUUAAAUGUUACACUACCCUGCUCCCUAAAAUGGCUAGAGUGAAAACUAAGUAGGUAUUUAUAAUUUAUACUAUUCAAAAAUGUAUUUUUGCACAUUUUUAUGAAUUUACAAUUUGAAAUUCAGAUUCUCGUCUCACAGAUGAUCAUGCCUUGCAAAGAAGUCCUUUGUGCAUUUCACAAAUUCUUUCUGACAACAACUGCCUUGUGUGAGGGAUUCACCUGAGAACAGUCCUCACCUGUCUGGUUUCCAGUUUCACAGCAAACUAAUUAGCCCCCUGAGAAAAGAGCCUUAACGACUCACAUGGUGAUUCAUGAGUCACUUAUCGACCAGCUGAACUGCAGUCAUAGUUCAGGUCACAGCUGCUUUUUUUGUUUGUUUUAGCCUACAGGUAAUCCUUUGUUACAUUUUUAUUAUUUGCAAAUCCAUAAAGUACGUUUAGGUUUAGGAUCGACACAAAGCUUAUGGUGUGACUUUUAGUUUCACGAUUCUGCGAAAAAAUGGCUGACGCAACUGAAUGUAGGUUUAAGGCUAAUUAUUGUUUGCUGCGUGUAUUAGCUUAGCUGUUUCUACAUUAAUCACAGAGAGACAAUGAUCUAAGUGGGAUCUGCAUUUAUUUUAACGUGACGUGAAAGCAAAACGUCAUUCAAGCAAUAAGUUAGACAAAGGUGUGUGUAAAUACACAUUUGCUUUAAUGUUAAGAAAAGGAAAGGCACAUAGAAAAUCUAGACUCUCAAAAUGUUAAAGACAUGUAUUAGUUUUUGUUAACCACAGCAUCAUCUGCAUGUAACUGCAUGUUUGAAACUGUAUUGAUGUUUUGUUCCUGAUGGUAAAAGUUAGUUAGGUUUUCUGUCAAAUGUGCAAUUUCUAUUUGUUUGUGUAUUGUCAAUAAUAGUCAGAGAUUUGAAGCACAAAUAAAAGUAAAAUGUUGCCAAAGACCCAGGAGGAUUAAAGCUCCUGUUCUGGAAUAAUGAUGAAAUAUUUGACAAUGACCACAUGUGGUCAGUUUUCAUGUUGGCUUGCUUGUAUUCUUGUUUGCACAUUGAUUUAUUCUAAUUAGCAUCAUCCAAGCUGUUUAAGUGCCUUGUGUCUCAGAUGAAAUAUACCACACAGAAAUAUAUAUUUACCUGGGUGAAAAAAAAGUUUAAAUGUACAGUUUUCAAUUCAUAACUUGACAAUAGAUGUUUGGACAUCGGCGCUUAUUGCAACGUUUCAUAAACUUCACCAGUGUUGAUGAUUUGUCUUUGAAAACCAUGCAACCAUAAUAAAUUCCUUUGUAAAAUAUAAAUAUAUAUAUUUCUAUCAUGUUUUUGUAUUUGACAUGCUUAUUUGUGAUUUGUGUUUCAUAAUUUGUGACCUUUAUUUGUUAUUCAGCUUUUAAAAUAAUAAUAAAGCAAAUAAUUUGCAAGAA